AUGCUAAGUGUUAAUCGAUUAUUAUUAUCAUCAUUUCAUUGUCGUCAUAUUCGUUAUUUCAGUACAUAUGGAUUUGAUAUUAAUCCUGAAGUAAAACUAGCUUUAAAUGAACGUCGUCCAAUAGUUGCAUGUGAAACAGCUAUUCUUACACAUGGUUUACCUCGACCAUCAAAUAUUGAAACAUGUUUACGUAUUGAACAAAUUAUUCGUGAAAAUGGUUCAAUACCAGCAACAAUUGCUAUUUUAAAUGGUCGAAUUAAAGUUGGACUUACACAAACUGAAUUAGAACAACUUGGUUCAUUGAAUAAUGUUGAAAAAGCUUCUCGACGUGAUUUACCUUAUCUUAUAUCUCGUCAAGCAUCAGCUGGUACAACAGUCGCAGCAACAAUGCUUAUUGCACAUCGUUGUGGUAUUCCAUUAUUUGCAACCGGUGGUAUUGGUGGAGUUCAUCGCGAUUCAAUAAAUACGGGUGAUAUAUCAUCAGAUUUAGAUGAAUUAGGACGUACACCUGUUUGUGUUGUUUCAAGUGGUGUUAAAUCAAUUCUUGAUAUUCCUAAAACACUUGAAUAUCUUGAAACAAAAGGCGUUGGAGUUUAUACAUUUGGUGACACAGAUGAAUUUCCAAAUUUUUUUACACGAACAAAUGAAUUUCGAUCACGUUCAUGUGCAGCAAUUCGUACUAUUGAUGAGGCAGCACGACUUGUUCGUAGUAUGAUUGAUUUAAAACUUGAUUCUGGUCUAUUACUUGCUGUUCCUAUUGACAAAGAAGAUGAAUUAGAAGAUGAUGGCGGAGAAAAAAUAGAAUCAAUUAUUCGUGAAUCUCUCGAACGAGCCACAAAAGAAAAAAUAACGGGUAAUAAAGUAACACCAUUUGUUCUAAGUGAAAUUCGUCGUCAAACGGGUAAUAAAUCAAUAAAAACGAAUCAAAAAUUAAUUUAUAAAAAUGCUCGUAUUGCAUCACAAAUUGCUGUUGCUUUAUCAUCAGUUAAAUCAAAUUCAUCUUCUUUAAUUAUUAUUGGAGCACGAAAUAUUGAUUUACAUAUUCAACUUAAUGCUGAUUUUAUACCGCAUAAAGGUUCCACUAUUCCUUGUCGUUUACGGCAGAAUUUAGGUGGAGUUGCAUAUAACGUCACACAUGCUCUUCAUCUACUAAAAAAUCAUUCUAUUCGUCUUCUUACUGUUUCGGGUACGUCUAAUUUAUUAACAAUAAAUGAUUCAACGCCAGCUCUUAUUCAUGAAAUCGAAGGUGAAUCAACAGCGUGUUAUAUAUCUUUGCUUGAUUCAAAAACAAAUGAACUUAUUUGUGGUUUUGGUGAUAUGGAUAUAUAUGAAAGACAAAUAACACCAACAUUUUUAGAUAAAUAUCUUUCAAUUUUAAUCAAUAGCCAAUGGAUUAUGUUUGAUGCAAAUUUAAGUCAAUUAGCAAUGAAAUAUUUAAUAGAAAUUAGUAGUAAAUAUAAAAAAUAUUUAGUUUUUAUUUCUGCUGGCGGUCCAAAUAAAGCUCGACGAAUUAAUUCAUAUCUAAAAGAUAUUCAUGUACUUUUUUGUAAUCGACUUGAAUUUCAAGCAAUUACAGAAUCAUCAUCAAUAGAAUUGAGUUUAAAAAAUUUAUUUAAAAAAAAUUCUAAUUUAAAAUUAAUUUGUAUAACAAUGGGUUCUGAUGGUGUAUUGAUUGGUAAUAAUGGAAAAUUAAGAAUGUAUAAAGCUUUAAUAGCAGAUAAAGAACAACAAGAUAUUAAAAAUGUAACGGGAGCUGGAGAUAGCUUUGCUGCAGGUGUUAUGAAUCAAUUAUUAAAAACAAAUUUUAAUAAUAUUGAUCGUGCUAUUGCAUGCGGCUUAUUAUCAGCAAAAUUUACUUUAAAAUCUGCAAAUACAAUUAGUGAACAAUUAAAAACAAUUGAUGAUAGUAUGAUUGAUGAGAUUUAUUUGAAAGAACUUAAGUAUGAGAAUAUUGAUUUGUAA